AUGAAAUUAAUCAACUACCCCCUUACCAUCAUCUACUUGCCCUUGAAAUGGUGCGGGUAUGCUUUCAAGUUAUUUCUUACCGUGCUCGGUGAGCAGAGUUUCUAUCCGAUAAGCGUGGACAAAAACCCGAAAACUGCCUGUUUGCGCAGUACCAUGCGCCACAGACAGACCUAAUGAAAGAUGAAAUUCUUAAGCAGCUAACCGCGACGGAAGUUUGCAAAAUUCGUGUUGUCUUUGCCACAGUAGCAAUUGGAAUUGGUGUAAACAUUCCUAAAGUAAGACAUGUUAUUCAUUUAGAUGUUCCUCGGACUGUAGAGUCAUACUACCAAGAAAUUGGACGAGCGGGUCGGGACAACCAACCUGCCAGAGCAACACUCUAUUACAAUGGUAGUGACAUAGCUUCCAACAAACCUGGGAUGACGGACGAAAUGCGGACCUAUUGCAAGCUUACCAACAGCUGUUUGAGGGAUUAUGUUCUAACUUACUUAGGUUCAACACGUUCAAGUCGCCAACCAAUACCCGGGCAACUUUGUUGUUCCAAUUGCAGUAACAGCGAGCAACAGCACCCUAAAGAAGCACAUGUCACCCAUCUUAAGAAGUCCCUGAGCAAGAUCAAGACGCUGUGAGAAGGGUAUCUGAGGAGGAGCGAAAAAGAGAUCCGUAAGCAUUUAUUAAAAUAUCGCCUCCACCUUGGCGCAAACCGCAGGAGGUUUGGUGAUAUUGAUUCGUGCACUGGUUUCACAGUUAAACUCAUUGACAAUGUUGUCUCAAAGUGCGAAUUUUUAUCCUCAACAGAAGAAAUUUUUUCCUCUUUUCAGAUAUGGGAGAGAUCACACGCAGAGGUCGUUUUGCAAGUGAUAAAAAGCGUGUGUGACGAGUCUUAG